AUGGAUGAUGCACUAACCGGACACGAUGAGCAGGAGCGGUUGAUGUUGAUCAAGCAACAACUGAUCAACAUUCUGAGCAGCGCAGGAUUUGAACUGCAUAAGUGGACAUCAAAUAUAGCGGAAGCACAGGAUGAGGAGCAAGAAACAGACAAUACAAAGAUACUAGGCCUACGGUGGAAUCCUCGAACAGAUAUGUUUUCCUUCAGCAAUGAACUCGACAACGUUAUAACAGCCACCAAACGCAAUGUGCUAUCCGAAGUGCAGAAGGUGUUUGACCCUCUCGGUACUCUUAGCCCCAUAAUCGUCCACGGAAAAAUCCUGAUGCAGGAUAUAUGGUCUGAAAAGCUAGACUGGGAUGAACCCCUACCAGCGUCGCUGGCAAAACAAUGGACCUGGUUUUUCACACAGAUAAGCGAUCUCUCUCAGAUUAGCUUUCCUCGUCACGUUAAAACAAAGGGUCAUGUCGUGGAGCUGCACGGGUUCUCGGACGCUGCAAAACGGGCUUACGGAGCGGUCGUUUUCAUAAGGACAGUCGACGAACAAGGAGUUCAAGUACACUUAUUCUGCGCCAAGUCUCGAAUAGCACCAUCAAGCGAGCAGAGUAGUAAGGAGGAUUUGACUAUUCCGCGUAUGGAACUAAGAGCAGCCACAUUACUCGUGGAGUUGAUGGAAACAGUAAAAACGGCACUGAAGGUUCCAAUACAAGCAAUCCACUAUUGGACCGAUUCAAUGGUAACGCUAGACUGGAUCAACAAACCAGAGCACCGAUGGCCAACGUUUAUCUCGAAUCGCGUAAAAAUGAUUAAUCAGAAAACAUCAGCACACUGCUGGCAUCACGUACGAUCGAAGGACAACCCCGCAGAUUUGAUAUCUAGAGGAGUUACCACAAAAAAAGUUGUCCAGCAGCAGCAUUUGGUGGUCUGGCCCAUCUUUUCUGCAGGAACAUCAGCAACCAUGGAUGCCGGAACCAGCGCGCAUUCUCACAACCACAACGGAAAUCGAUGA